GUGUGUAAAGUCGCCUUUUAUGUGCUGCCUAUGUGUGUAAGCAGAGUAUGGAAUUAUGUUAUUGAUUAAUAGUUGUAUAGCUUGAAUUGAUGGCAGUAUUAUAAUUUACUUUUACGUAAACCUAUUCAAGCUUCCACGUUUCAGAUUCGGAAAAAAAAGACCAGACAAGAAAAGAGUAAAGCUUGUCACCUAGCGGUAUGGCCCAAUGUCUGUGUGUGCAUAAGGGGAGGAGGUGGGGGGCAGGUGUGAGCCUAGGUUCGUAAUACAUUAACAAGGUCACUUCGUCUAGGUCAUUCUUCGUUUUUCUCGGGAAAUCCUGACCUAAAAUAGACCGGAUCUAUUUUAAUCAAAGGAGGACAAAAUAGAAGAGCGAGGCGAAAAUUUUCCCUGUUGGGAAACUCGGCUCUUAGGCAAGUGUAUCAAAAACAUAAAGUUACUUAGUCAUUACAGCUUCCUACAACUUUCAAAUCUAAAAACAAACUAGAUCUUGGAUCAAAAUGUUCUGUAUUAGUGAAAUAUUUUAGAUAUAAGAAGCAUCUAAACAGACCAAAAGAAAAAGCCAAAAGUAGGAUAAGCCAAGACUGAUUGCGGCUGUCUUAUCUUUCAUUCAUCAUGGCCGUGGCUCUCUGCACUUGUAUGCCUCAUCGGUAUUUCUUGGUCUUGAUGUGCUUUAUUGGUAUGCUUAUCAGUGUCGGCUAUAGGACCAGCUUCGCCCUGGUGAUGACCCACAUCAAUGCCGUCAACAACAGCAACGCUUCAUCUUCUGAUUCUCUCUUUCCACAUUGCACCACUGAGGGUACAUCACGAGACCUGGUCACCCACUGGGACGGCUCCACGGCUCUUCUCUUUAAUACCUUCUACUUCAUUGGUCAACUGUUUUUCUCUUUGCCGGGAGGUGCAUUAUGUCAGAAAUUUCCAGCAAAAAGGAUUUACGCAAUCACGAUUCUGAUCUCAAGUGUUCUGCAGUUGCUUCUCUCCCUGGUUAUAAUUUCUAAACAAAUUUGGCUCAUCUACUUGUUCAGACUUGUCCAGGGCGGAGUGGAGUCGAUUACAGUACCAUCAAUGAACGCUGUGAUAUCGGCCUGGGCACCUAAAAAUCAAAAGACAACCCUGAUGAACUUGGCGUACGCAGGCGUCUAUUUAAGUCCAGCAGUAGCCAACUUUAGUACUGGAGCCUCAGUGUGUUACCUAAGCUGGGACAGUAUUUUGUACAUAUAUGGAUCUCUGGGAGUGUUAUGGAGUGUUUUCUUUUACCUGUUUGUCUACCAAUCACCAGACCAACAUCCAUGCUUGUGUGAUUCAGAGCGAGAUCUGUUUAUCCCACAAGCCUAUGUCUAUGGAAAUGCUGCAAAUGGAAAUGCUGCAAAUAGAAAUGCUGCAAAUGGAAAAGCUGCAGUCCAGAAAACACCGUGGUGUAAAUUCUUCACAUCCAUGCCAGUCUGGGCGAUGUUUGUUGGUGCUUUCUGCAGAAACUUUGUCUUCGCUAUGCUCAUCACAGAGGUUCAGCAGUACUAUAAGGAUGUCUACAGUCUCAAUUCUGCUAUGAAUGGGCUACUGAAUGGACUUCCACAUGUUUUCAUGGUGAUAUUUAUGCUUCUAGGAUCCGUGUUUCUGGACUAUCUUGGUAAACAUGGAAUACUCAGUUGGACUCUAGUCAGGAAAUUGGCCCAAACCUUAGGUUUCGGAGUUAUGGGGGUUUGUAUUCUUGUCAUUGGUUUCUUGGAUAAUUACAUUGAAGUAUUUGUUCUUUUCUGUGUCGGUGUGGCGUUCAGUGGAUUCUCAAUAUCAGGCUAUCAGACCAACCCCCUAGACCUGGCUCCCAAAUAUGUCGGUCCUCUGACUGGCAUCUCCAGGACAGGAAUGGCAGGCUCCAUAUUAAGUACUGUGUUAGCCGCUAAGACUGCUGGGGACUCGCACAAGCUUUCAGACUGGCAGACUUUAUUUAUUAUUGGUGGAAGCCUUCACAUAGCAGGAGUCAUUUUUUACUGCAUUUUUGCCUCUGGAAGACAACAGUCAUGGGCGGAGCCUAAGUAUGAAGCUUUGGUCGGCGAAACUGACGAGACGGAAUCUAAAGAGAAUUCAAAUGUUUUAAUUUCCCCUUCGGGGAUCAACUCGAACUAUGGUGCAAUAGACAGGGAGAUCUAUUAGAAAGUGACCUUGUUGUUGUUACAUAUAUAUUUAUUGUUACAUGAUGAGAUUUUGUUCAUACAUGGCCAUUUUAGAAGGACUUCAUGACCAUUGGUCACACCAGAUUUGCAUUGAACUAAAAAAAAAGGGUAGAGAUUGAAAACAUAAGCCCUUUGAGCAGGGGCGGACUGGGUAUUAAAAUUGGCCCAGGUAUUACCAUAUAAACCGGCCAACAAAUGAAUGGCAUGUCAUAUCAUUGGCGUAGUCAGGAGUUUUUCGUUGUGGUGGGAUUUUUUUCUACCCCCCUCUGCAAUGUGUAUGUAUUUAAUUAAUCUUUAUUACAUUCUGACCUUUCAUACUUUCGGGCGUUUUUUUUUUUUUUUAGCUUAGAACAGGUUCUUCUUUUAAUUAGUGGAAAGACAGUGCACACCACCAAGGACAGCUAGGGAGUCUGGGGGGGAGGGCGCUAUGAGCUCUCCCAGCUGGGUCCGUUCGCCCCGGAUCCAAGCAUUAUUGCCGUCAUUUUAAGCUUUAAAAAAUGCAUAUUCUGAGGUAUCGACAGUGCAAUUAGCUUGCUAUUCUUCCGCUAUAAAAUUCAUAAACCAAAUCUGUUAUUCACUGCACUUAAGUAAUGAAGUCCAGCGACUGGUAGAAAAUGGUCACUAUAGUUUUGCUUUGUAUUGGAGUGGGAGGAUAACCACAAAACCUCUUUUGGCUACCCUUAGGAAAUUUGGUGACUGUAGUUUGCUUUAGUUGGCUGCACUGGGGCAUAAAGUAAAGUUUCAUUUUCAGACAAUGAGGUCUGAGGCAAGUGAUUUUUUGACCCCCCCCCCCCUUCCUCCCGGCAAAGCCCAUGUGUCAUAUUAUAGGUGUAACCUUGUAAGCCUAGUUCUCUUCCAAAUAUAUACAGUUUGAUAACGCAUCGAAAACUGGAUGUAUGCUUGCUUAGGAUUAAAUAAUGUAUUUUAUUUUUACAUGUAUGUAGUCUGAAAACUAUAAACAAUAGCGGCCUUAAAAUGAGUUUGAAACUUUUUGGUAUUACUUAUAGAUUACAGACGUAUUUUCCAAACAUAAGAUAGUUACGUCCUACGCAUUUCAUGUAUCAAUCUAGUCAUGCAUGUUUAUCUGUGACUUAAAAUAUGCUAUGUCAUUGCUUUUCCUGGCUGACUGGCAACCCAUUCCAUUAAAAGAUAAGAGAAUGCGGAACGGUUAGAGAGGCACUAACAAGUACAUUCUCAAAAACGCGAAUUGUAUAUGAAUAUAUCAUGACCCAUUAUUUAAAUUAAAUUUUUUUUAAAGCCUUAAGUGUAGUAUUUUUAGAUCUGUUAUUACAAAUUUAAAAAAAAAAAACUUUUUUUGUACAAAUCUCAUAAAGAAGAACUCUAUUCUCAUAUUGAGCAGUGAAAUAGUUGGGUAGUUUGCAAUUUCGCGGCUUGGUGUGUGUUAAAGUUAAUUCCUAUUAUGUAUUGUUGAAGAGCUUCUUCUUUGUUCUUAUUUUUUAUGUUGGAACGUUCAGAUGACUAGACCAAUACAUGAGAUGAAUUGCGCAGUGGUUUCCAAAUCAGGAAGCUUUCCAUAGAGUUUUCUUGCUAUUCGGGUGUUUUGGGGCCAGUGUCUUGUACGGGCCUCUUGGUAAAGAGAGCAGUUUUGGAGGACAUGUCUCAUUCUGUUCUGUCCGGUCCUGAGUUGUAAGAUUAGACGUUGAUCUUGUAGGAAUAGCUUAUAAUGGGCAUCAUCUUUCUUGUGAUUUGGAUGAGAGCUUGUCCAUUUCUCAUUUAUUUUAUUUACUAUUAGUUUCUUCAUUUCUUCUAGAUAGAGUGUAAUGUUUAAUUGUGAGUUUGUUCUCCCAUCCUGGCGAGUGUGUCAGCCUUCACAUUUCCUUCUAGUUCUAUAUGUGCUGGUAUCCAUUGUAUCCGUUAAUUGUCGCCCCUAUUUUUUUUCUCCGUUAUAUCAAUGUUUUCUAGCUUAACCUCUCUCAUCCCUCUUUUUCGCUAACUAACAAUGGAACUAUCAAAAUGUGGGGGUGGGAGGGCGGAAAAUAACAAUGUGUGCCAUGUAAGCAAAAUGAUCAGGCCAAACACAACAUGGAAGACAUCAAAACAGUAUUGAAGUUCAUGCGCUCGUGCAUAGCAAAUAGUACGGUCUAACGUUUAGCAAAUGAUAAUACGUAGGCUAGAGUGUAUAGUGUACAUUUGUUUUGGAUUUUCUUGUUGAAUUUCAAACAAAAUUAAGUGUAAUAAAUAAAUUAAAAAAGAAGAAAACGUGUUCGGGCAUCUGUGUCUCGUUGCUGUCACUUUUUUUAAAAAAAUGUCUACAUUGGAAAAUUUAUUUUUUUUGGUCGCGACCAGACCGGCCCGUUUGGUACCGGCCUACCGGGCAUUGGCCCGUUUGCCCAUAUAGCCAGUCCGCCCCUGCCUUUGCGAAUCAUUCAAAGUCUACCCAUUUUAGUAUCUUUGCUACACAGUGAAGAAAUUUGAUGACAUUCAUUUAUAAACACAUAUCUUAAAAGACAAACAUUCUCAAAUAAUGUUUAGACUGCAAUCAUUGCCAUGAGAAUCGUAAAAAAUACUCAAACUUACAGUCCUUACCUUACCAAAGACAUUAGUGAAGUACAGUAACUGACUCUUGACGUAAGUUCUACUAAUCUAGCCCUACAAGUGUUUCACUAAAGGGACAUAACUAUGUACACACAGAGUUAUGCCGACAAAGUCUCGCCUUCCAAGAGCUUCAAGUCACUGGCCCAAGUUGCUUGGUUUCCUACGUGUCGUGAAAUUCCUUGACAAGAUUAUUUCGUCCUGGUCCGAAUGUCGGGAAGGACGACUGUGAUAGAAGCGAGGUUUUGAACACGGGAUCAACGCACACAACUGUCCACGACCUACGAGCCAUCCAUUACUAAUUUAGCAUCAUAAAGCUCGGACACUCGUAUUCUAGUUCAACUUUAUACCUGUGCGAGACAUUGUGGGGAAAAAUGUCAGCAGUGGCGUCACUAGGGUGGGUGUCACCCGGUGCGGUUAACCCAGGGCGUCAACCCCCCACCCCCGCUGCUUCCCCACCCCCCCCCCGAAAAAUUUGGUGUUUUUUGUUUGUUUAGCCACAUAUUUUAUAAUUAACUACAUUAAUUAAUUGUUAAACAACUAUACAAUGAGUGUCAAUUAAAUUUCAAAAUUCAGUUGUUGCAAUUUAUCUAUAGUUCAGUUGUGCAAUAAUGCGAACUUAAGUAAAUUAAAAUGUUUUUUUUUUCUGGAUUUCAAACUUGAAAACGUAUUAAUCAUUAAAAAUUAAUUUCUUUAAUGAUUUCAUUUUUAAUACAUUUGUCGUUUGUCAAAUGUGUUAUGCUUUUGGUAAAGAAAAAGUUUAAUUAGCCACCACUUUGUCAAUAGUUUAAAGGUAUGGCUACUCUUAUGUAUCUUUGGCCUUCUAGUAAAUAAAACAAAGAUAGAUAAAAUAAAGACAUCUGGCGAUAGAUCUUAAGCUGCGCCUAUAAAGGCUAUUUGUUUAGAGCGAAAAAAUUAUUUCCAUUUUACCAAAAAUUACAGGCAAGAAGCAUUUCCUGAAAAAUAAUGUUGACCACAAAGAUUAAGUGAAUGUUAUACACAUCUAUUUGAGGCACGGUGGCUGAGCGGUAAAGCACUUGGCUUCCAAACCGUGGGUCCCUGGUUUGAAUCCUGGAGAUAACUGGAAUAUUAAUUUCGGGAUCUUUUGGCGCAUCUGAGUCCACCCAGCUCUAAUGGGUACCUGACAUAAGUUGGGAAAAAGUAAAGGUGAUUGGUCUUUGUGCUGGCCACUUUUAUACCAUGUAUUAAAUAGUUUUUCUGUUGUUUCUUUAAAUUUCCUGUACUCCUUUAUGGCUACAUACACCGAAGCUGCAUUUUUUUUAUAUUCCUGAGCUCGACAUAUCAAUUCAAGCUCACUCAUUUCUAGACAUUAACGUAGAUAUACAGAUAUUAAGUAUACAAAAUGAUAUUAUAUUAAGUAUAAUAUAUUAAUCUAAUAAUAGUAAUAAUAUUAUUAAUAUUAAUAUACUAAGUAGAUCUCACCAGCUCUUUCUCCCUUAAAAUCUUAUGAUUUAUGAAUCUGAUAAGUGUGUACUAGGUCAGGUGUCCUUUAAAAAAAAAAUGCAGAGGUGCUUACAGUAGCAAUGACUCAUAUGUAUAUCUUUUAUGUGGUUUUCUAAAACAUUUAUAAACGUUUCAACAAGAUACAAUUUUCAGUUAUGGGUUUUAUCCACAAAACAGUUACAUCAUCUUAUGGUAAUUCUAUAUUCAAUAAAGGCUUGUUGUUUAAUAUGGUCAAAAUGUCAAAUUUUCCGAUUUUAUAGAAACAGUCCGUGCAAUUUAUCUUUCCAUUGGCUUUCUUCUUUACACCAAUCUUAGCAAUUGUCAAUUGUAUUUGUAGCCGGAUGCCCUUGUUGUCCAAUUUUCCAAUUCAGAUGACUAUUUUUCAUACGUCUAUUGAUAUUCCCAAUUCAGACUUUAUAUCCCACCACUUUUUAAGUUACUAGUUUGUAUUUUAUUUUAUAGUACUAGUUGAAAAUAGUCGACAACAAAAAAAAAAAAAACAACAUACAAUUUCUUACUAUUAAGUAACUAAAUCAUCCUCAACAGGAAACAUCAGCAUCAUUCUUUGAACAACUGGUGCAAAUGCACUUUUCCUUUUACUUGAGAGAAUUUUCUGCGCAAUUCAUGGGAAAUUGGCACACCACAAAAAGAAACUAUCCCCUAGUCUAUGGAAAUCUAUAAUAUUCCACUGAUUCACUAUAACAUUUUCUUUUUCUUGGCUAGAGUUUCUUUUAAAUUCAACUUCUGAAAUUAUAUCAUCCUCAUCAGAAAUCUCAACUGUCGCUUAUUUACUUUCCUAUUCUACUAAAUUUACAUAUACCUGGAGAAUGUCGUCAUUAGUUAAACAGUGACUAUUUGGUUGAUAUCCUGAUAUUACGAUGCUAGAUACUAUUUUAAUAGAUUCGAUAAAACAUUGUAAAAAAAUCAAAGCAGCGUUUAUAUGCAUGCAGCUAAUAUACUGCUGAAAGUUAGUACUUUUUAAAAAAAUUGUCAGUUAUUCCAAAAGCGCAGUUUUUUUUUACUUGGGUCUCAACUCAUUGGCCUCACGGGAAAACUCGAGGUCGACCGUUAUAUCGGUUUGAAAAUGGCUCAUUAUCGAAAAUUAAUUUUGGCUGGAAUGUUUUAUGAAUGAAAUUUUCUAUGUGACGUCAAAGGGAUGUCACCGCUUACGUCACUGGGCUCACAGCAGUACACUAAGACAUUUCUUCGCAAAGAACAAGUUUUAAUGAAUCCAUUGGUCUAAUUAAACAUUUGCGCACCAUCUUAUUGUAGAUUAAUCUAUUAUGUAACUAUGUCGAUGUAUGAUUAGUUAUUGUGUUUUAAAGGCUUUAUAAAUUGCUUACACUUUAAUUGCGUAGACCCGUAGAUAGCUUUUACUUUGUUGUUAUUUUGCAAUGUGUUCAAAGUUCGAAGUUUACUGUCCCAUACCAAAAACACAGGAAAUGGUCACAACACAGCUUCUCUACUCCUUACUUGCACACACUGAACAUGAUACCCAGGGCCGGCCCUAAUAUUUGCGGGGCCCUAUGUGAAAUGGAUUGCGCGCGUCUCAGUCAGGGUAGGGAUAAGGAUAAUAAGUGAAAAUGAAAUUAAAAGUUCACCAAAGAUAUUUGCACACCAUCAUGGAAAUAAGUUGGCAAGACCGCACUACAAACAGCAAUGUUCUUGCGAAAUAGUAUGAACUUAUAGUCCGACCAUCACGCUGGGAUAUUUUACUUUGUUACAAGGUGCACGUUUACCCUAUAACGUAGAGAUUUUGUAUCACUUGAUGCUUUGUACUAAAGCCAUAAUGAAUAUACUAAUUGCAAUAUUAAGUCUGAACGAAACCAGUUUAGAAGCUACACUGCAAAAACUUUCUGCCAAGCCAAUAAUAGCCCAAUAGUUUUACGGAAAAGAUGCAAUGUAAAACGUUACGACGUGAACUGUGGUUUUUCUACACUGUUGGGGGGGGGGGGGGACUUAGGAGAAUUUCUAUUCUAAUCGCCAUGUACAAUUAUAUUGAGAACUAACAGAACGAAAAAGCAACUCUUCAGAUUGAUAGUCUUUACCCGAUCGUUUAUUUUCGUAAUUACAAAAAUAUUCCCAAAAUGACCUCGGGUAUAUAUCCUUCCUUAACAAAUUAUUCAUCCGAGCGAGGCUCGGUCACCUGGUACGGUAUAUAAUAACAAUAUAAGGACAAUAUAUGUGCCUAAUAUGUUUUAAACGUCUUUUUAACAUGCACAUUGAUGGCUACUCAGAGUUCUUGUAUUGCGCAUCAUUUCUACAAAUGUGUAUUAAGAUUGAUUUUAGUAUUGUACAUACUUUUAAUAAAUAUCUACUUGUAGUGAUUAUACAAGAACUUAU